AUGCGUCCUAACCACAAUUUUCAGCGUGGGCCGAGAAGCAAUAGCGGUUUCUACGAUUCGCGGCCAUCAUCAUCUCCUCCUCAUUAUUACAAACACAAUAAUAAUAGCAACAACUACAAAAGACAACGACCACCGCAAGACCUUUACAGAAAUACAAAAGAUUCGGCGAUCAGUAGCACCAACAGAUCUAAUAAAGAAAAUACAGUGUCAUUAUUAGUUGAUGCUGAUUUUCAAAAAGAAAUUGGCUCUGUCAAAGAAUCUGAUAUCUCUAUGGUGAUUGCACUUUUGGGUGUUACGGUUCCCCAGAUUGAAAUGGCACCUACAAACAAUUGUGCUUUAGCUCAGUUAACAUUUAACAAUGGACAAGAAAUGAAUACCUUUAUAAACCAUAUGUCUAAACAGCAAAAUGGAUCACGGACUCUCCAGAUUAACAAAGAUCUGGUGGUAACUUUAGACUACCCAGGCUGCUCUAAUCCAACAAGCAAACCCGAAGAAGAAAAAAAAAUAAGUACAGUCAACUCUUCCAAUACGGACAACCCCAAACAUUCUCAUGAAGAAAUACAUUACAGAGAUGACAAUAUCCGUGAACGUGAUCAUACUAGAGACCGAAGGUACCACUCUGAACGUGACCGAUACCACAGAGACGACCGCGACAGAGUUUUCCUAGAUUACAGAGACAAUGCAGACCAUAACGCCGGCCAAUAUAGGCCCCGAGAUGACCAUUAUAAUCGCAAAAAAAGGAGACUUAGCAAAAAUCAAGAAAGGAAUAAUAAACCUUUAGAUGUUGGAUUGUUUCGACAUUCUCAUGAUAAUAAAGAUGUCUGUGGAGACACCGAUAUUGGAAACAUGCCCACGCCCAUGCUCUUAUUUCAGUCUCUGGAUCCAAAUAUGCAUACAGAGGAAGUACUUUACAACCUCGUAAAUAAAAAAUUAGGUUCUGAUGUCAAAAAUAGUAUACCCAAACACACUCAGACUAGCGGAAACAUUGUUCGUCGUGUAUUUUUGGUAAAGUAUAAAAAAGCCCCCGUUAAACCAAAAGAGCUUGAAAAUGCUAAACCCUUCGAACCCCUUGAUUCCCCAGAAAAUGGAAACUCUUCUGAUAACAAGAACAAAAACUCUGCUUCGAAAGAAAAUCAAAGUGACAAGUCUCUACAACAAAACUCUGCUGGCUUUGCAUUUGUGGAGUUUGGAAAUCUCGCUCUUGCCACAGCUGCAUAUACACAUCUCAAUAGCAAACAACAUUUAUCCCAAAUCCAAUCAGAUCUAGAGCCGGGUGAACCCCCUAAUUUGGCUCAUAUAAAAGCGUCAUACGUUUCUCUAGGUUCAUUCCAGCCGGCGUCCAAAGACGGUAUCAAGCAUGGCUAUACAUUCACAUCUGUUGCUGGUCAGCAAAUGGAGUACUGGAACCAGGACAUGUUUUUGGCAGAGUAUCCCCAACCCAGUGCAAAUGGCACUAAAGAAUUAUCUGAAGAACCUUCCAAAGAAGAAAACACUGAAAAAACUGGAGACGCAGAGCAUGCUCAGGAAGUGUCGGGAUAUGCGUUGUAUCAGCAAUUAAAGCAAAAAGAAGCAGUUUCACGACCACUUUUUUCUAUUCCAAAUAUAAAGGCAACUUCUACACAUCUGCAAGCCGUUAAAAAUCAAGUAAGAAACCCUCUUGAAAUACGGUCUCCCCUAGAAUCCCUGGGAAAAGAAAAGAGUAGUUCAGGGCGAGAAGAAAGGCACCACAAGAUCAAGUCUGGUAAAAAUGCAGCAAUGUUACAGCAGAUGAAUAAAUGGAAAACAAAACGUGCUGAAUUUCUCUUAGAACGUGAAAAGGAAGAAAAUCAACUGGAAGAAAAACAAGCUGAAUCCAAAAAUGAGUCACUGUUUGUGGUUACUGCUGAUGAACCUCCUGACGAGCACCGAAAAUUUUCACUUCCUCAAAAUGAUGAAAAUUCUAAUAAAUCAGAGGAUGACAGUUCUAUUUCUGCAAAGUUUCUUGAUUUUGACGGACUCACAUGUUUUUUGUGCUCGUAUCGUUGUUAUUCCACCCGUGAGCUAAAUGCUCAUGCCAAAUCCACAGAACAUUUGAAUAACAUGAAGAUCAAGCAGCGAGUUAACUCAGCCCGCAUUAUGCUCGACUUUAAACACUCCGAAGAUGACUCCAAUUCUUCAAAUUCUUCAGUUGCUAGUUCCGGGUCUUUGAAAACAGGAGGUGAGGAAAAACCUCCUGUUGCAUUGAGCUUUGGUGCCCAGAUGCUCCAGAAAAUGGGCUGGAAAGAAAACACAGGCCUUGGUCGUAUGAGUGAUGGAAUUAGACGUGCUAUUAUGCCAAAUACUAUAUAUGGCUCCACAGGGAUAGGACUGGGAGCACCUCCUUCUGAACAAUCCUUAUUGUCAUCCGGUGUCGGAAGUGGUGAUUCCAAAAAACGCAAGGUCUCUCAAGUUCCUUUUUUUGAACGAGCCAAAAAACAGUGA